ACGGGCGCAGAGAUACAGUCAGACAGACAGGGAGACAAUCGCAUUCACUCAUUCACUACCCCGAACCAGCUAAUUCACCAUGCUCGACCGUCUUGUAGGCCUCAGCAUGCUCAUCGCAGCCACGGCCAUCUUCGUCUACUACUCCGUCUGGACACUGUUCAUGCCCUUUGUCGACGACGACCACUUCCUCCACUCCCUCUUCCUGCCCCGCGUCUGGGCCAUUCGCAUCCCCGUGAUUCUGGUCAUCCUCUUCACCACCCUCGUCGGCAGCUUCCUGUCCGUUGUUAUGAUACGCAGCAAUCGGAAGAAGGCCCUCAAGGCCCAGGCCAAGAAGGCUUCGUAGGCGACGCGACACACGACAUGCUUCGGAAUACAGGGCUUGGGAUAGGGGUAUGCAUGUAUGGGCGUUGCUUUUUGUGACAUGGGAGAAUUAGGAAAAAGGGGGGAGGGAGUUAGAACAUGAUAGAAUGCGAGCAUAUGCGAUUGUGCGUACAAUUGACUGAUCCAAUCUGUACAUGUACAAGCUUCCACUUUCAAUGCAUAGAUACAUCCACC